GGCAGCUGCGUAAGGGGAUCUUUGUCGUUUCACUCUCGGGCGCAGGUACUCAGCAUCACGACACAGUUUGUCGAGCUCAUUCAGAGUCCCCGUUUCCUCGCCGUCCCCUGCCCAAACCAACCAAGAUCGUUUGAUGUGACGAUGUUCUGUCUCAGAAGCUGGCUCCCGCUCCUUUUCAUCCCCACAAACGCCAGUCCUCUCUUCAUAAUAUCUUUCGUGACCCUGACCUAUCUCCUCCACCGGCCGUGUAUCUACUGCUCUGCUCUCCUCUUGAUCCUUUUCAUAUCGUCCUGUCACUGGUCGGAUAGAUGCUUCAUCGACUUUAAAAGCGAUUGGUUCGCUCCUCGGUUCGCUACACCAGCGUCGGCCGCGGUUGGCAAUGCCACUCAGGAUCCCGCGUCAGGUUUGACGCAGUACGUCUUGGAAACGAUGAAUUCAACCGCAACUGCGUUAGCCACUGCAGCAUUUGAAGAAGCAAAGAGACGAGUUGCUCCCAGUGCGGGCAUAGACUUGGCAGGUGACCAGAUCCCACAAUGGACGGGAAUAGGCUUGGAAUGGCUGCGGAGUCUUUUGGGCCGGAGAGAGUGGACGCUGCCAUGCGUGGAUGUGAAAGUGCGACUAUGAAGCCUUUUCUUUUAUUGCGGGAGGGCAUUUUGAAAGCAAGAUAUUUUGGGAUUAGAGAGCUUGUCUCUGGUCCAGCUCCAGGAAUCCCAUUGACCCGUUUUGGGAAGACUUGCGGUUUGGACUAUUCCGGAUCUAGAAGCUACAUAAAAUAGCGGGCAAGAUCGCAAUUUUGUACAGGAUCUUGGGCUUCUACUUUAAGGCUGGGAAACGAUACCCGAGCUCUGAGACGGUCGUUCGAUUCCCUGUAUAAAGAACGAAAAUGAUGCAUGUGAAAAACGUUUAUGUCUCACGCCGUCUAUUUUGCAAAUUGACAUGGUAUUUUGCACUGCUUACACUUCUGUGUACAUACAUAUGUUGAUAUGAUAUCCGUUGAAGCACCUCAUCAUGACGUCUAUACGUUUGGGGAGUUCGUUCGCUUUCUAGGGAUGGAGAAUGGAGCUAUCCUCUUGUUGCUGGUUUGGCGAGACUGCUUUUUUGUUUGGUCUCCGUACAGUAACCACCGAGCUUAUAAGGCCGAUAUCACAUCUUACCUUGGAAUUUACCCAAAAUCUUUGCUAGCUGUUAUUCCCAAUGGAGAGUUGAGUAAG